GUGAAAGUGGAUCUGUCUUGCCUGAUCAGCCAGGUGAGACGAGGCCUUCCACAGAUCACAGAGCAGAUUCUCACUAUGGGCAGGAAGGGCACGCGACUACAGAACAACUGCGAAUGCGUGAAGGUAGAGAUCACCGAAGCCAUGGAGAAACACAUCCGCGAGCUGAAGGCAAGGGAAAGAACCCUCAGAGAAGACGUGGAUUCUUUUCUCAUGGGAGAACUUCGCACCAUUAGAACGUACCAAGAGAACGCAGAAGUCGAGAUAGCCAGCUUAGCCAGUUUCUGCGACUCGGCGGAGUCCAUGCUCAGCAUGAAUCGUCCAAUUCCUGAUGGAGAUCUCAUGGAAAUGAAAAGGCAAAGCCAAGAGCAUGUGGAAACUGUCAACUGUUACGAAGAUGGAACCAUCAGACCUCCAAACCUCAAACAAAUCCAAGCAUCGCUCGAGAGUCCAUUUUUGUCGUCUACCAUCGGGAACUUUGGUGAUCUCAUCAUAACAUCGCGCACGUCAGGUCAAAGAGAAGCUACGAGUAAUGUGCGGGAGCCUCUUCCAUCUAUGCUGGAUGUACCGCCAAGUCGACGGACACGGGCCUCUGUGCCACCUCAAGCGGAGCACCGACCCGCCGUGGUACUUGAGGUGCCGGCCAUCAGCGCCAGAGCUAACUCAAACUCGCCCAGAGAAGUCAGAAGAUUACGCCAGCCGUCGGUUUAUUUUGCUGACGAAACCCCUCCACGAGAAGAAGACAACACAUCAAGGUGGGACGCCCUCUCGAGGUCUAUGCGUCCAAACCGGCGAAGUCGCCAAGAGAGAAAUUCGGACACCCGGAUAGCUGCUCUGAUGGGGAACGACAGACCCACUCUGUCACAGGUGAUGCGGAAUCGGGCACGACACCGCAGUUUGGGCGCUUUACCAGCCACGAGCGAGUACUCCGAUGAAGAAAGUCCUCCAAGAGAGGAAACCCAGGGUCGGACAAUCCGGGACGACGCUGAAGAAGACUCUUCUUUCACAGACCCCUUGUCUUCUACGUACCCCGGAGCGAGAUCAGGCCAGUUCCUCCCGCCCUCUGUUCGCUUCGACAUUGAUUUGAAUGACAGAGGAGAUGACAUCGAUGACUCUGGAAACUUGGGCUUGUUCCAAAACAGUAACAGCCCAAGCAUUUACGUGAACAGCCCCCGAAACAGGUACAACCAGAAAGGCACCGCUGUCGUGCGGUUUGGGGACAGAGGCAGUGAGCCAAAAAGCUUCACGUGGCCGAGAGGCGUGGCCGUUUCGCCGAUGGACGACCACAUUUUUGUGUCCGACAGCAGCAACCACAGAGUCCAAGUCUUUGACAACUCGGGCAAAUACCUCAAGUCUUUUGGCACAUACGGCCAGGGCAAUGGCGAAUUUGACUGUCUUGCAGGGAUAGCUAUCAACGGUUUGGGCCAGAUCAUCAUAGCGGACAGAUACAACCAUCGGGUGCAGGUGCUCGAUCGGAACGGGAGGUUUCAGUGUUCUUUUGGUAGUGAGGGAUCUAGUGAAGGUCAGCUGAACUACCCGUGGGGUGUCGCCUGCGACAACAUGGGAUUCAUCUAUGUUUGCGACAAGGAGAACCAUCGUAUCCAAGUGUUUCAGUCUAAUGGAGCCUUUGUCAGAACAUUUGGCCACUACGGGAACCGAUCGGGGCAGUUUGAAAAUCCCCACUACAUCGCAGUGAGCCCGGACAACAAGGUGUACGUCAGUGACUCCAGCAAUCACCGCAUCCAGGUCUUCAGCAUCUACGGCGACUUUCUCUUCAGCUUUGGCAUAUGCGGAACCCUCCGCGGUCAGAUGAAAUUCCCACGCGGCCUUGCUAUUGACCAUCAGGGUUUCGUCGUUGUUGCAGAUAGCGGCAACAACCGAAUACAGAUUUUUCGAGGUGACGGUCGUUUUUAUACCAUGUUCGGAAGCUGGGGGAGUGAAAAUGGCCAUUUUAAAGGUUUGGAAGGAGUUGCGAUUCUGGCAAAUGGGAACAUCGUUGUGAGCGAUAGAGAAAACCACAGAAUUCAAAUAUUUUAAGAAAGUGUCUUUCGGCCAUGGUGGUUUUGAUAUUGUCCCUUUGUUGUUUGCUUUUUUUGUAAAGAGAAGCGCAUUGACACACUGGUAAUUUAGUGCAGAGAAAGAGAAGGACAGACAAGACAGAAAAAGCAGAGGGAAAGAAAAGAAGUAGGACCUACCAGUACCGCCCUCCAGCCUCCCACCCUCAGUUGUAUUCCACCCUGACACAUUGUAGCAAUGUCCACUUGAACGUACACAUAUUUAUGUCAAUGCAUGUUUAUUACAUAAUACACUCUGUGGUCGUAAAUGCCCUUUUGCUUUCACAAUUGGAUUGCAGUUGUUAAAAAAAAGUGUGCAAGCCUUGUUCAAGGAAAUAUAUUUUCUGGUACGAUGAAUUUUCCCGCCCUAAAGAGUUCUGGUCCAAGAAACUUUUACUUUUUAAAAAAUGGAGCCCUUUGUUUUGACAGACACAAAUUAAAGCAAUGCCGCGGUCCCAGUUAGUCACCGUUCCCCAUCUAUUUACACAGGCUAAAGACAAAAGGAAGUCAUGGUUGUAGAAAGUUUCUUCUCUGAACAACUUGGAAGAAUAAUGUCUAUUAUUAAUAUCGUAAUGUUGGAUUCUAUGGAAACCAAUAUCAAGAAAACCAUAAUAAUAAUAAUACUCUUUUUUCUCAGCCAAACUUUCCGAGUACGCUUCUUUUACAGUGUCAGUUCUCGAUUUAUGUGAUUUUCAAGAAUUGUUCCAUCAUUUUCACAUUAUAUAAAUGACAGGGAUUUGACCAUUGUCUUGGAGACUUCUUCAUGUUUGAACGUAAGAUCGUAAUGAGAGGGAAUAUGUUAAUACUCGCACUUAUUACCUUUUUCCCCCACACCUGUUACAUGUGUAUCGUUGGUACUUCCCAUUGUGUCUGCAAACUCUAGUGUUAACUUAAGUGCAUGUGUCCCACAGCCCCCCCCCCAACCCGCCCCCAUCCGUUUUUUCCACAUAGAUUAUAAUACAUGUACAUGAACUCUGUAUGUAUUUGUAUGUUUCCUUUAAAUAAAAGCCUUCCCACUAUAACCACAGGUACCUCAUCUGUUAGGUAAAGGA